UAAAAAUAAAAAAAUUGUGAAAACUGAGAGACCAAAACCCAGGUGAAGGUCCUUUCUUUCUUUCCUUCUCCGUGCUCGCUGGGCACAUCAUAACAUUCAUUCAAGAGCGUGAAAGAUUUUCGAAUUCCGUUUGAAGUCUCAGUCUGCGUCUAAACUCAAUUCAUUCAUUCAUCGCUUCCUCGAUCUCCACCGUCUGAUCAAUUCUCCCCUGAUUCUUUGGUCAAACCCAAAAUUAAUUUUUAAUGCAACUAAUAAUUCACUUCAACGAUUGCCCCGUCGCAUGAUCACACUUUCUUUCAUCGCUUUUCGCUUCUGGGUUUUCUGCUUCUUCUCCUGGGUCGUUUUUUUUUUAUAAAUAAAAAAUUGAUUUUUUUUACGCCAAUAUUUUUUGUGUGGUUGGGUUGAAGUGAUGCUGGACUUCAGGGAAGGUUCCAGAGUGAAGGGGUUACUUUUCGGGUUCUGGGGUUUGGGAUUUUGGGGUUAAUUUUGUGGUGUUCGAGAUGGAAGCCAAUACUGAGUUCGAGGAAGGAGAGGCUUUCUUCUGUUAUAAGGAUGAUGAUGACGACAACAUUGACCUUGAUUCUCUCUCUUACAUUGAUGAGAGGAUUCAGCAUGCUCUGGGUCAUUUUCGAAAGGAAUUUGAAGAAGGUAUCUCUGCUGACCGUUUGGGUGCAAAAUUUGGUGACUAUGGCUCCUUUUUACCUACCUGUGAACGCUCUCCUCCUUUGCGAUCUUGUCCAAAGACUCCACAAAAACACAGUAGUUCCCCAAAAUCUCCUAGCAAUCUCCACAUGGUGGCUGCAUUUCAGAACUCAAAAGCACCUCCAAAUAUACCACCUUCUAUGAGGCUUGGAACUGCUUCCUAUAAAGCUCCUCCAUUUCGUAAUAUAAGAGUACCUUCAGCGGAUAACUCAGUAAAGAACACAGAUAUUUCCUCCAAUGAAGUAAUAGAGAAGUUCACUUUGAAAGACUGUGCAAAUAAGUCAGAAAAUUUGACUGACCAAAGAACACUGAAGUUGCGAAUCAAAGUGAAAUCAGAUAUCUUAGCAAAAAAGAAGGCAGUGAUUUACAGUGGUCUUGGACUCGAUGACUCUCCAUCUUCAUCAAUGGAGAACAGCCAUGAGGAAAGUGAAGAUAUGCCACAUGUAUCUCAAGAAACCCCUGAAGAAUCUCCAACUAGCAUUGUUCAGGUUAUGAUUUCUUUCACUAUCCCUGGAGGUGUGCUAAUAUCACCUCUACAUGACAGUCUCCUCUACUUGAUAAGAAAGGAAAAAGCUCAUGGAAACAUCAAACCCAUGUAUUCUCUUAAUGGUCAUCAAGAACAUUAUUCCAUGUCUACUGAUGAAUCAGAUUCUUUUGUGGGGGAUGGACAUUUGUUGAAGAAAAGGAAGGUGACAGUGGUGGACCAAAGUGACAAGCAGCAUAUGAAUGGUAACCAUUCUGAGAAUGAUAUGACAUUGCAUACGAAGAAAAAAUUAAGAAGUAGAACUCUAAAUCGAAAGGACUUUCUAUCUAAUGACCUGAGAUGCACUCCACUGUCAAGUUCAAUUUGUGAUGCUGGUGAAACAGAUGAAGUCACUGUUAAGGCUUUUGAAGUAUCCAAGGAGGUUGAUAAAGAUGGUGUGAAAUGUAGAAUGGUUUCCACUGAAGCAGUGAAGGAGGAUACACUAGAGUCAAUAUCUGGUCAGGAUUUUGACAAGAUUGAGAAGCAAAAUACAGGGAGUAGCUUUAUGCAAAAAGUUUUAGAGCAUAAAACGGAAAUUUUUCAGAAUAAUAAUUCAACUGAUCCUAAGAUUAAUAGCAAGUGUAAUGCAUUUGCAAUUUCAAAAAGGAUCAAGUGUGAUACAAUGAAAUGUAAGGUGGAUCAAGAUACUCAAAAGUGUGAAACUAAUCAGGAAGGAAAGGUAAAAUCUGAAAGCAAGAAUGAGUCAAAAGGUGAAAGGAGUCCUGGAAAAGUUAUGACUGAUGCUGAAAAAGAUAGCAUUGGUACUAGUAAUAAUGCAAUGGUAAAUGAUAGAAAGAGUACUGGCAUUGGUGUUACUUCUUCGAAAAGUAAAAUGCAUAAAAUAAAGUCAAUGAAGGAUAAUAAGGUCACAGAUUGUGACAGAGAUUCAUUGAAAGGAAAAAAAUCACAACGGAAAGUUGAUCGAAUAAAUCCAACUGAUAGGCCUACCCUUAAUAAGGCUACAGUAAAUUCUAUCCUUGAUCAUGUUUAUAAGAGUGCAUAUAUAGUAAAGGAAAGACCAAGUGGCAAUAAAGUUGUUAAUCAGUUGUCAGCUGGGCCAUGUGUAAAAGAUGCACCAGGUGCAUUUUCUAUUGCUGAAAAUAAACCAACUUCUGAGAUUGUUCCGUCAUCAGCAGCAGCAACACCUCAAGUUAUUGAAGAAGAUUGGGUAUGCUGUGACAGUUGCCAGAAAUGGCGACUUCUACCUAUGGGUUUAAAGCCUGAGCAGCUUCCAGAGAAAUGGUUGUGUAGCAUGCUAUAUUGGCUGCCUGGAAUGAAUCGGUGUAACAUCAGCGAGGAAGAGACAACGAAAACACUUUAUGCUUCUUAUCAAAUGCCGAUUUUUGUGGGUCAAAAUAACAUGCAAAACUGUGCCACUGGACCUGAAACUGAAGUGAGAUCUGUUGAUGCUCUGCAACUUGGCCUGAAUCACAAAAAGUCCAGUUCUGAUGUAAUGCUUGAUCGAGGAAAGAAGAAACAUGGUAUUAAUGAAAAGGCAAGGUCAGUAAUCAAUAAUGACAUUGGGCCUGCAGACUCAAACCGUAUGAAGAAAUCUAUUUCUAAACAUUUGAGCAGGUUGAACAAUUUGAUAGAAGAAAAAAACACACCUAAGGUGAAAGAAAAGCAAAUGAAUGGAGGUGACAGAAAUCAUUUUAGAUUGAAACAUAAGAUGGAGGAUAAUCAACAUGGAUCUGGAACUGCUAAGAAAUCUAAGACUGAAGAUGUUUACUAUGCUGAUAAACAACUGAAUCCUAGCAUGGAAUUUAAGAAGGUUGGUCUAAACUCAAGAAAUGGUUUACCAACAAAGGCUAGUGGGAAAAAUAUGGGGAAAUAUGAUGAUUAUUGUUGGUCUGAUGAUCUGGAGGACAAGUUGGUAGUUCUGGUGAAGAAAGGAGACUGGGCACAGUUUUCAUCAGAUGAUGGUUCAUUGGAUGCUACAAACAGCAGCAAAAUUGGUUCAAUUAAGAAAAGGAAAAUGACUGACUGGCUGGAUAGUGAGAAACAUAACAAAACAUUGUCCUUGGAAGGCGAUAUGAAAUGUGGUAAAGAAGGCAAUGUAAAUAGGAGGGAGAAUAAGUAUAUAGUUUUGAAUAUGGAUGCAAAAUCAGUAACCGAAAGGGAUGAUAAAUUGGUUAGAGAAAGUGGGGUGAAGCGAGUUUUCUCUUCAGACAGCAGGGAUGAAAUGGCUAUUGGAACAGAGGUGAAAAGUGUUAAUAAGGUCCAGCAGCCAAGAAAGCACAAAAAAAAUGUUGCUUCUUACCAAGCUUUGGAUUGUUUUGAUCAAUUGGGUAAGGAUUUAGGCUCUGGAGAACUUUCAUUGACAGCAACUUCAAGCUCUUCUAAGGUUUCAGGGUCUCAUAAAGCUAGAACUAACCUUGAAGAUGUCAGAGGCUCACCUGUAGAAUCUGUUACCUCAUCACCUUUGUGGACCUCCAACAUGGACAAGCGUAUUUUGGCAGCAGGGGACACAUCAGAAAAAGAUGAUGCAAGAAAACGUGGUCUUUCAAAAAGUUUGGAUAAUAGGGAGGGGAAGUUAUCAGUAAAAAUGAAGGAGAGAAUUUCAUAUGACAUACAUCCUGCACAUGGUAAUUGUGGCAGUGGUUCACAUCUUGAGGAGAAAAUGAACAAGAGUAAUAAGGAAAAUGCACUUUCUUGGCAGAAAUCUGGUAAGGUUACAUCAUUGCGGGUUAAGGAAAAGGACAGAAUUUCUGGUUCGGAGGUUAUUAGGGAUAAGAUGAAGGUUUCAGCUUCAGAUAAUGAUUUUUACAAAAAUGAUGUGAGUUAUGAGUCAAGAGUUGAUCCUAAUCAUCAUGCUUCUGGUACUGAGACAAGAAAUGAUGUUAAGAACAGUUCUCUGAAGUCUAAUCACAAGAUUGUCGACCCUAGUAAGAAAAAUUCUUCAAGACAUUGGUCAAAUGAAGCUGGAAAACAAACUGUGCAAAAACAAAAUGAGAUUGGGAAUCCAGUUCUGAAAGUGGAUGCUACACGUAGCACUAAUAGAAAGAUUAUCUCCCAGCAGAACCUGAUUCAGAACUUUGUGGAAGAAAACAUAGCUAAUCAAGUAUGCACUGGAUCAAGAGAUGGGAAAGCCAAAGUGAUCGCAUCUUCCGAGGAUAAAGUGAAAAGGGAAACAUUAUAUGUGGGUUCUAGAACUGCACCUGAGUCACAAAAGGGAGAUAUGUCUAAUGGGCACCCAGUUCACGCUUCUGGCAAUGAUGUUCCCAAGUUUGCGAGAAAUCCAAUUGAUGUUUGUUGCAAGGUUGGAGUUAAUUGCAGUUCAGAAAGUUUCAUACCUGAUGGACAACUCAGUGAGUCAGGUCCUGUGACAACAAAUUCUAGCCAAACUGCCUCUAGCAUUCUGGAAGAAGCCACAAAGCUAAAAGAUUCUGCAGAUCAUUAUAAGAAUUCUGGGUUUGAGUUUGAAAGUAAUGAGACUUAUUUUAAAGCUGCCUUGAAGUUUCUACAUGGAGCAUCACUUCUAGAAAGUUCUCACAGUGAGAGUAGCAAGCAUGGAGAGACAAGUCAAAUGCAAAUAUAUGCUACUACUGCUAAACUUUUUGAAUCCUGCGCCCAUAAAUAUGAAAAAUGCCAAGAAAUGGCUGCAGCUGCUUUGGCAUAUAAAUGCAUGGAGGUGGUAUACAUGAGACUGGUUUACUGUAAACAUUCUAGCAUAAACAGGGAUCGGCAUGAGUUGCAAUUAACUCUACAAAUGGUUUCUCAAGGUGAAUCUCCUUCGUCUUCUGCAUCUGAUAUUGAUAAUUUAAAUAACCUGGCGGUAGUGGAUAAGGUUACUAUGACAAGGGGUUCUAAUACUCAUGUUGCUAACAAUCAAGUCAUAUCUGCUCAGAAUCGCCCAAAUAUUGUCAGGCUUCUGGACUUUACUCAAGACAUAAAUCUUGCAAUGGAGGCUUCUAGAAAAUGCAAGAGCACUUACAGGGCUGCUAAUUUGAACAUGGAAGGGGCACGGAAUAGGAAUGAUUGCAUAACUUCUAUUAGGAAGGUUGUUGAUUUCAGCUUCCAAGAUGUAGAUGAGCUUGUACAUCUGGUUUUGACUGCAAUGAAAGCAAUUACUCGUGCUGGCCUUGGUGGUGUUAGAGAUUAACUUAAUACUCUAUAUAAUAUAAUGUUUUUUUGGGUUUCUCUUCUCUACUGAGAAGGUAUCCUUAAAGGAAGUGGCUUAAGGAUAUCUACCUAUGCUGGCACCUGGAAACCUGCAAAGAGGGCAGGUCUCCCACAAUAUGUUAUACCCUUAUGUACAUGUGUACAAAAUGAGCUUAUUAGCAAAUUUUGGAAUGUAUUUUUAAUUGCUCAGGUUCUUAUUUGUGAAUAGGAGCACAAUUCUCUCACCCUUAAAUUUUAUGGGUUAGAUUGUUAGAAAGAGGGAAGUGAUUCCUUCUUGUUAAGUAACUGAGGAUGGAUAUAAUGUAAUUGUUCUGUGCUACAUUCUUUGCUCCACGGAUUUGGAGCCCCAGAAAAGAAGAAAAUAAAAUCUGGAAUGUUAGUCAACCAGUUUUGAGGGCUUUGGAUACUGAUAUAGUCAUAACAAGUUUUAAAGAAAUAUUUUUUUGUUAUCAUAUUGAAGUUAUGAAUGAUUAGAAAUCCUUGCAGAAAGGUUUUUAUUGCGUGUCUAAUUGAUGCAAACCCAUAUAUUGGUCCUGCUAGCUUUUGGAGUUAAAGUGUUCAGAUAUACAGGUACUUAGUCAUAAUUGUUAAACCUGUUCUUUGUUCUACGCUCGUCAUCUAACUUCCUACAUCAGUUUAGCAGAUUUACUGUUUAUUAUUUGGAUCUGGUUAACUGUACAAGAUGAAUAAUCAGCAAUGUCAGUUGACUUUGAUAUACCUUGUGAGGAAUUUAUGCUGGUUUUGAGUUCUAUGCUUGACCAAGGUUUGCAGUUUUUUAUAUUUGAUUUCUGCGAGAAUUUAUUUUAUGUGUUUCCUUUUCUAUUGGUAAUUUGGGAGGAAUUAUUUCAUCUGAAAUUUGUUAAUAUUUGUAAUUAUCCUGGACGACAGUUCCUAUCGUCUCUUUUGGCACAAACUGCAAGGAAGCCUUAAGGACACAUUGAGAUAGUGAUUCAAUGGGUAAUUCUGGUAUUAGCUGUUAAAAUCAUAUAAGGUUCUGGGUAUAUUGAUAUCUCAAUUAUGCUUCUUUACAGUCACUUGCACAUACUGAAACAUUGAGAAUUUGAGACUCAGUAAGUUAGUAUCGUAAGCCCAGGAAGAGCUAUAUGUUUUUCAUUCAGGGUUCGGUAUGUGCUUUUCAUUUUUCAAAUAUUGGUUCAGUAUUUUUCAUUUUCCUUUCAUGUUUGAAUAUUUUAUUGCUGUGGGAUAAGAUUUUUGUUGUUGUUGUUGUUUGAAUAUUUUGGUCCUACAUUUUAGUGUAAUAACAGUAAACCUGUCUACGUGCUCUAACAUAUUGGCAGAUAUAUAAAAGUUCCUUUCUCGAGUUAUGUGCUAUGUGAUAAUACAAUUAUGCAGAGACUGGACUGUGAUACACUCAAUUUGAUUUCUUUCAAGCAGCCCCAAACCAACAAAUUAUGUUUUGGACUAUGAUGGUAUGAAACACUACAUGUUUGCCCCUCCUUUUGAUUUAAUGAUGGUAUCCCUCCUAACAAGUGUUUUUCCACAGGUUCAAACCCUUGACAUAACACAGGGUCCUCACUAUUGAACUCAAUUGCAUAUUACAUCAAGGAAAAGUAAAGGGUGUGUAGCUCACAGUAUGUGAGCUAUACCAAAUGCAUAUUACAAUAUAAUUUGUACACUCUUAAAAAGUAUGAUUUUGGUUCAUAUAUAUUUACCAAAUUUUGGUUUUGGUCUCUAAAAUUUGAGUUUUGGCUUGUGCAUUUUUUUUUUUAUAUAAAUUGAGCACUUUUGAUCCUUCCCGUUAUCAUAGAUCCAUUAAAUGCUGACUUCGUCACUUGAUGGUGAGUUGGGAAUUUGGAUCUAUGAUAAUGGUAGUGACCAGAAUUGCUUACUUUUGAAAAACAAAGCACUCAAAUCAAAACUCAAAUUAUAGACCAAAACUAAAAGUUUGGUUUAACGACUGAAAACAUAUGCAAGCCAAUUGUAUAUUUCAAUUAGCUUAAUGCUCCAUCUGUAACAUGCACCAUGUUUGCCAUGAAUCUCUCAGCUUUUGAUUUAUAUCUGACAGCAUUUUUGGUUUUGUUAGGUGCAUUGCAAAUAGAAUAUGCCUUGUGUUAAAGAAACUCUCAAGCAUAUAACUGACAACAGUGGUUUUAUAAGGUGCGUCUUGAGCUUGUGUUGACUGCUCUUCUCGUGGAGAUCAAAGUUGGGUCUACACAGCCUUUUCUUCUUCAUUCUUUCAUAAUUCCGUUCUCUUAUUUAUAUUAUUAUUAUUAUUAUUAUUAUUAUUAUUAUUAUUAUUAUUUAUUUCAAUAAAUUUGUCUAUUGAGUAUUCACCAAGAUAUUUGUUCAGCUUACAUGUGCACUCUAUAUAUUAAAAUUUAUUAUUUAAUUUUA